GAUGAGAUAUUCAAGGGGCAGGAUGGAUGGAGGAGAUAUUCAGGGGACAGAAUGAUGGAGUUAUUUCUGCUUCCUACAAACAUGUCAGUAAAGUUGAACAAACAUGCAAAUCCAUGUCCACGUGUACAUCAGGGCAUUUGGAGGCAGCUUCAGUUGAUGCAGAACGAUCUCUGACUGUUACAGCUUUCUUCCUCUGACAUUGUUUACUUUAGUCAUGUCUUAUUCUGUUGCUUUUCCUGUACCUAAGUCAACUUUUCUUUUUGCAGAAUGCUAUGCCGAGUCUUCUGCUGGAUUUUACUGUGUUUUCUGCACACAGGAUGUUCACAGCGGUGUGCAUCAUCCAAUCCUACAUCUUCCUCAUGUUUGCGUACAUGUCCACAUUGUAACACAACUAAAGGGGCAUGCAUUACUCGUUGUAAAAACAAAGUUACAUGCUACAUGGAAGACACUGAGAACAAUCUCACAAAUGGAACUGAUGAAUUCAAAGUCCAAGCCUUCUCUAAACUGCAAAGCCAACUGGAGAACAUGAAUGUGACUGAGACGACCUUCGUGUCUUUUAAAAACAUCAAGGCCAUCUUGUUUAAGCCCACUGGUGACUUUAGCGGCCUUGAAAUUAAUGCCAAUGAUAACGAGGCACUGCCAGGUUCAAAUGUGUCCAACAGAAAAGUGAGUGUCUUCCUGCCCGGAGAGCUGCUCGGUGCUGGACAGAAUAACACAAUCGUGUUCUACAUGAUUCUCCUUCCAGCUGCGUUUUCGUUAGCAGACUCAGGUGAACUGUAUAGUUCCAGGCUAAUUGGUCUGAGUGUGACUGGCAAAGAAAUCUCAGGACUUCAGGAACGAGUCAACAUCACCUUAAGUACUGCCACAAGCCUAAAUAUGACGCAGAAACCCCAGUGUGUUUUCUUGAAUACAACAGUCCAAGCAUUUAAGACUGAUGGCUGUCUGACCGUGUGGGAACCUGGUCAGGAUUACGUCACCUGUUCCUGUGACCAUCUCACGUACUUUGGUGUGCUCCUGGUUUCUGUGUCUGAAGGAAAUGUCUCACCUAAAGACCAGGAGGUUCUGUCCUACAUCACUAUGAUUGGCUGCAGUAUUUCAUUGUUUGCUUUGGUCAUCACCGUGUUCAUCUUCAUCACUAACAGAAAACUCAGAGCAGACAAUUGUAAGAAGAUUCACAUCAGCCUUGCAGUUGCUCUCAUCCUCCUGAACCUCCACUUCCUCCCCAGCCAGGCAGUGGCAGCAGGAUCCUCCACCCAGUUUUGUUUUUAUGUGGCUUUUGGUCUUCACUACUCCCUGUUGGCCACUUUCAGCUGGAUGGCCUUGGAGGGCUUGCACCUCUACCUUCUGUUGGUCAAAGUCUUCAACAUCUACAUCAGUAGAUACUUGCUCAAAGUCAGCAUGGUGGGAUGGGGUGUUCCUGCAGUGAUUGUGUCCGUUGUGAUCAUAAACAGAGACUGUUAUGGCCAUACCCCUCUGGACGAGUCUAACCCCAAUGGAACUGCAAUAUGCUAUAUAAUCAACGAAAAAGUGAAGUGGAUGACAUUGGGAGUGUUUAACGUGGUGUUCCUCUUUAAUGUGACCAUGUUCUGGGUGACAGCCAAAUGGUUUCUGUGUUCCCACGUCAACAAAAAGGUUGGACAGAAUAAGCAUUAUGAAGCCAAGAGAGAAUUAGUUACCCUGCUGACAUUGACGGUUCUGCUGGGCAUCACCUGGGGUCUGAUCUUCUUCUCAUUUGGCACUCUCACCACUCCUGGUCUUUAUGUCUUCUGCAUUCUGAACUCACUGCAAGGUUUCUUCAUCUUGAUCUACUUUUUAUUAUCGUUGAAAAAGACCAAAGACUUUGCUGUCAAGCCCAGCUCUGUGACACGCACCACCACCACCAAAACCUGAAGUCACCCAGCAUCUCUCCCAUGCCGUAAAGCUUGCAGCUACACAAGACUCUUACAGCGCUCAAUGGCACUUUCACACGUGGCCGGGCUGUUAGCACAUUGUUCAUAAAUGUAUUAUUUAAUUAGGGUUAUGUUUUUUCCCUUUUAAAUUGUAAAGCUGCAUGUUGGUAUAAUCUAUAGCUGAUGUAUGAAUAAGUUGAUAUUAUUUGUAGGGGUGCUCCGAUUGAUCGGCCACAGAUAAUUAUCAGCCGAUUUUCCUGCAAAAGUGUGUGAUCAGUGAUCGCCGAUCACUGCCUUUCAUUUCCGAUCUGGCACUGGCGCUUACUCUUCCCGGCCGGUAGUUCACCCUUCCGCUUCUCUCCGCUUAGUGCGCAUGCGCGUGGCGGCAAACCCGCAAAGACAAACAUGUCUGCCGUGUGGAACUUCUUUACGGUGUGCGAGAGUGAUAUUAAGUUUGCGUCUUGCAACACUUGCAACGAAAACAUACCCCGCGGAGGAAGCACUUCAAAAAAAUUCAACACAACGAAUUUGAUCCGACAUUAAAAGACUAAACACUUGGCGGAGCAUGGUGAGUUUUUGAGGCUCACCGCAGACAAUGAAAAGAAGCCUGCUAAUGCAGCCACAGUCAGAUGGCAGCUAACGCAGCUGACGCUUGGAAACACUCGCCCAUGUGAGCGUGACAGUCAAAAGGCUAAGCAAAUUACCCGUAAAAUCAUCGAGUUUAUUGGACUAGACGACCAGCCUUUUUCAGUUGUGGAAGACGCCGGAUUCCGCCGACUACUAACCCACUUGGAACCUCGCUACAUGCUACGGGGACGUAAAUAUUUCGCCGACGUAGCCCUUCCAGAGCUCCACCAGACAGUGUAUUCUUUCAUCGAGGGACUCCUUAAAGAAAGCGUCUCAUCCUCUGUGAGUUUCACAAGUGACAUUUGGAGCUCAGAUGUCAGUCCUGUGUCAAUGCUGAGCUUAAAGCUCACUGGAUGUAUCUGAAUGUAUCCUUGGUUACUUAAUUUGAUUUAGGCGGUGAUGUGAGAUAUUGACUUUUUUUGCACUAUUUGUAGCCUAAAGAGAGCCUGAAUGUUUUCAAUUUCUUAUAAAUUGUUACUGAUAUUACAUAAUUUGAAGUGGAGUAAAACCAUGUUUUUUCUGAAUUAAUAUGUAACGCAUUAGAACUCACCAUAGCUAAAUGAACAAUUUACAGCCAAUCUAUGUAAUUGGUAUCGGUAAUCGGCUGAUCGGCCAUGAUCGGCCUCUUGGCUGAUCGGUAUCAGUGAUCGGCAGAUUAAAACCUGAUCGGAGCAUUCCUAAUUAUUUGUAUAAUUUUUAGUUUGGAAACAUUUUUAUCCUUCCCAGUUUUCUGUGUAUAAUUUUGAUAAAAAAAUAAAUUUCACUACCUGGAUGUAACUAAUCAAAUAGGUAGGAGCUUCCUAUUGGAUGAUUACUGCAUAUCUUUCAGCUGGCAGCAAGUUAUUUAACCCCAACUGGUGCAAUGAGCUGCUUCUCAUUUCUUAAACAACCAUGUGGAAAGACACAUUAGGUGGUCAUGGAAAUGAUUUUAGUCUGUUUGAGAAGGGUCAGAUCACUGGCAUGAGUCAAGUAGUGAAAACAUGUAAGGAGGUUGUAGAAACGACUAAACCUGGGUUAAGAACUGUCCAGCGCAUUUUUAAAAACUGGUCUGAUCAGUCCAGAUGGACCCUGUUCCAGAGUGAUGGUGCAUCAGGGUAAGAAGAGAGGCAGAUUAAGUGAUGCACCCAUCAUGCCUAGUACCUACUAGGGCUGGGCGUAUCGAUCUAAAAUAUCGAUAGUAUCGAUCUAACGUUGGUAUUGAGUAUUUACUAGAUACCUGCGAGAUGGUAUCGAUUCCGUUUCUUCUAGCCUGGCAAGCCAUGACGUACUCACUGCUACAGAUGUUGGUCAACAAGUCAGUCCACCAAACUCCGUCAAAGAAGAUGCAAAACGCAUCCUUUUCCUAAAUAAACAUUAGUUCUUCUAUCUGAUCUUGACUCAAACAAAAGCUAAAGUCGUAAUAGUUCAAACUUGACGCCAAAGCCGUUUCAAACGAGCGGCUGACCGCCGACUAGUCACGUUUGUUUUUUUUUGUUUUUUUUUCAAUAAAUCCCGCCUACUUAGUGUUGCAGUUGGCCCAUGACAUCUAUAUAGCGCCGUGAUUGGACCACUACAGAAUGGCAGCCAUCUUGAUUUGUAGUUUACCUGGCUAAUACCUGUGAUUGGACCGUUUCGAGCGGCAGCCAUGUUUUUUUGCAGGGUCAUCCCGCCUACCUCGCUAAAAGAGCACUGUGAUUGGCCCAACAAACCAGUAAAGCACUGUGAUUGGAACGCCACGGAUGUCAGUCAACGGGGCAGUCCGCCGUUACAUUGAAAAAAAAAGCAAAACAGCGCGCCAGCUCGAGACAAGCACAGAACAGCAACAAGCACUGUUGUGGCUGCAUGAUGGCAGACCGAAAAAGGAGCGCCGUUUGGAAUUUUUACACAGUUUUGUAAAUUUGAAAUAGAAAAAAAUCUUGAGCUUGUUAACCAUUUUAAACCAUUUUGAGUUUCCUAAUGAAAACUUUAUUUGCCUGAAAAUGUUACUUGUAUUUUAUUAUCAUCGUACAUAUGAUUUAUUAAAGGAAAAAUUACAAAAUAAUUAAGUAAUCAAUAAAACUUGAGUUUUCAGACAAGAUUCUCAUACUGAUGAUGAAUAGGGGUAGGGUUACAUCAUCAGUAUGAGAAUCUUGCCUGAAAACUCAAGUUUUAUUGAUCCUAUUUAUCUUAAUAAAUCCCACAAAACUAGAUGGUACUAGACUAGCAGUAAAAAGUAUCGGUAUUGGUAUCGGUAUCGGCAAUACCAGCCCCUGUAUUUACUUGGUAUCGGAUCGAUACCAAAUUUUGCAGUAUCGUCCAGCCCGUACACUGCCCCCACUGCCUGUGGGGGCAGUGUUAUGAUCUGGGCUUGCUGCAGUUGGCCAGGUUUAGGUUCAGCAACAGGAUGUGCUCCAAGAAUGAGGUCAGCUGACUACCUGAAUAUACUGACUGACCAGGUUAUUCCAUCUUCCCUGACGGAACGGGCAUAGAUGACAGUGCCAGGAUUCAUCGGGCUCAGAAGGGUGAAAAAGUGGUUAAGGGAGCAUGAGACAUCGGCUGUGUCUGAAUCCAGGGGUAGGAUGCUUGUGAGUACGGGUCCUCGCUGGUCUAGCAAGGCCUGGUCCUUUCAAGACCGCUAAAACCGGAAGUCAGCGGCUCUGAAUUCGGACAGUACUAGCCUCGUUUUUAUUCCCGCCCCCAGGUCACGUUGCCUAGCUACCGUGACGGCGGCAAACAGGCUAACAAGCUAGUAGCGACGUUGAAAAUGGAUCCACAGCAAUAUAUCAUUUUAUUUGUGGUUUUUGAGGAGCUGCGACGGCUCAAUAAACGUCACCGGCCUUUGUAUUUAAAGUUUAAAAACCAGUUAGUCCUGUCAUCUGCUAGAGUUACAAGUAUUAUACUCAUGAUCUCCUUUUUUGCAUAUAUCUGAAUGUUAGUGAUGUGACAGCCGUCGAUUGAGCCAGCCCAGCAAACCCUUUUGAUGGACGAUGCAGUGGUCAGUGAGAUGAGGCAUCCAGAAGCACCCUCUGCAGACCACUCUGUCUGAUGUUACACUUGCCAACCAGAAACGUUCAGCCACGGAUCUCGGUUCCUGCACUCCAUCCACCUCGAUGAUCCAUGUUCAGUAGAUUUAGCAACACCACCAAAGACUCCCUGCUUUCCAAGUUUACUGUAUAUAUUUUACUUUUAUCUUUACUUUUAUUCCUUACAGUGUUCCCUUACAAUUUAUUUACUAUGUUGUUACUUGUUAAAAACUGAAUAAUAAAACUGUUAAUGAUCAAAAAAGAGUUAUCAAUUAAUAGAAAUUUUAUUACAUUUAAACAAAUAACAAAAACAUUCAAACACAUAUAUAGAACCUGAACCAGAAGAAACUAAAAGAAAAAAACCCAUUUCUCUGCCAUCCUUUCCAUCAAUGCUAAAAAUCUGUCCAUCCUUCUUUCUCUCCUCUCCUCCGCUUCCCUCUGUUGUCUCAUGUCCUCCCUGAUCAGGUCAAGGAGCUCAUCAGCCCUUCUCCUUUUUCUCCCUGAUGAGGAGUCCGGCUUCCUUCUACCACUCUCCCUGUCCUCUGUCUCACCCACUGCUGCACUUGGCCCUGGAGUGUCCACGGGAAUGGAAGCAAUAAGGACAGGAGGCAUAGUGGAAGGCCUCUGUCCCAACACCUCGUCCAUGGGGACAAACCAGGGCCAGGUUUCAGCAGUGGGCUUUCUGCUGACUCCCUCUCCUGACCCUGGAUACUUGCAGUCCUACAGAAAAAGGGAAUUAGGAUUACAAGGCUUUAUUGUCAUUUAACAACAGAGAACACUGUGGGCAUAAUGAAAUUACAGAUGCUCCUUAAAGAUACUGGUUCUGGAUGAGAAUAGAGAGGAAUAGAAGAACAAAGUCAGAUUAUAAAUCAUAGUUGAUAAAACAUGCAAUAAACAAUAUUUUAAUUUAUCAACAUGGGAGAUGAAAAUUGUGUUCUGUUUUUUUCCGCCUAAAAUGAAAUUAAAAACAUUAAAUCAGUAAUGUGGUUUCUUUAAAAUUAACUUAAAUAAACAUUAAACUUAGUUUCGUUAUUUUUGGCGUUCGUUACAUGAUUACAUAAGAUGCAAGCUCUUUUACGGUGAGUAUUUUCCUAUUAGACUUUCAAGCAAGUUUACAGUGGGGUGUUAACCUUAAAACAAAUGAUGAGAAGCUUUAUUCGCUAAAUAAACACACACACACACACACGGGAAUUAUGACGGGACCACCAUACAAGCUCGUUCUCGCUGAUUUCUGCUUAAAAUGUACUUAUACAAACGAAAAAUGUCUAUAAACAGAACCGCUUUCAGCUUAGUUUUCUACCGCAAUUUUCUUAAGCCUGCUGGCAUCAAGCUAGUUUACGGUAGGUUUUUUCCUAUUAAACAUUCAAGCUGGUUUUCGGUGGGGCAUGUUUGAGCCUUAAAUUACAUGAACAAAAACAAUUUGCGGUAUUAGAUCGUAUAUAAAAAACAAACCAAGAGUGCCCAAACACAUAUUUUAUUUUUUUGACCGCUAUUUUUUUUAACUAACUUACAUUUUAAGCUGUGCUGCUGUCCCGCUCCGUCCGCCGUUGUUGCGAGUGUCGAGUCCAGCGGCCGGCGCGCAAAGCAUGCUGGGAUACCCUUGCUCCUGUGAGGAUCCAUCAGACCCAUCCUCGAAAUGUGGGUGGAGCGAGGACGCGUUUGAGGACGCGAGAAUGAGGAUUCUUGGAAUUCGGACAGUACUCGUCGCUGCGCUUUGACGUCAUCGACCUCAAAAUGCGCACUCACAAGCAUCCUACCCCUGGAUUCGGACACAGCCAUCAUUUUCACACAUGAGAAAAUUCUCCAAGAUGGCGGAGUGAGUGGUUGAUUUGCUUGGUGCCUCUCCCUGCUUAAUAGUCAUAAAUAGCUAGAUUCAGAACAUUUAUGUAUUUUGAAGGCCAGCUUAAGUUCACUCUUUAAAUUACAGCAGAUCCUGAGUUCUGAGCAAGAUUAUUUUGUUUAAAUCUUAGUAUUAUGUCUCCUAAAUCUCAACAAAAGGAGCAGCCAAAGGGCCUUGAAGUCCGCGCUGACGUGGCUGUUGAUGUGCAAAACAAGGAAUCACUGGAGACUAUUUUACAAAAAAAAAAUUCCAAGGCGGAGGAGCACGCCAAAGAGCAGUUUGACAGUCUUGACUCUCAACUUGGCUCCAUUAGAUCCACACUUGAUAAGCACACAAAAGAGCUUGAAUCACAAAAGCAAACUACUUCCCUACUUCAAGAGAGAAUGAUCCGAGUGGAGGACACUUCCAUGUCUCAUAGCGCUGAUCUGUUGAAGAUCCACAAGAAGCUUGCUGCUCUGGAAUGGUAAAUGGCCUGUAUUUGAUAUAGCGCCUUCUAGAGUCCUGGAACCCCCCAAGGCGCUUUACAACACAAUCAGUCAUUCACCCAUUCACACACACAUUCACACACUGGUGGGGAUGAGCUACAAUGUAGCCACAGCUGCCCUGGGGCACACUGACAGAGGCGAGGCUGCCGAGCACUGGCGCCACCGGUCCCUCCGACCACCACCAGCAGGCAAAGUGGGUUAAGUGUCUUGCCCAAGGACACAACGACAGCGACAGACUGAAUGGGGCUCGAACCUGCAACCUUCCGAUUACGGGGCGAGCACUUAACUCCUCAACCACCGUCGCCCCACUCUCACUCUGGAGGAUCAAAACAGAAGGAAUAACCUCUGGAUCUUUAAUUUGAAAGAUGGGAUGGAGCUCAACAAUGCUCUAUCCUAUUGGAAGUCUAACAUCACGCAGUGAAUUCCCGAUCUGGCAGCUUCCCUCCCCGAUAUGACACAGGCACGGCGGGUUGCCCUGUUGUUGCCCUGGCGGCUCUGCUUCUUCUCGGACCAUUGCACCUUUGGCAAGUAAGUCUGAGGUGAUGGUGGCCGGCAAACCUAUUCGAUUUGCAGCAGACUGCAGUGACGAUACUGCUCGACGCAGACGCCUUUGUUUCCCUGCAUUGAACCGGGCUCGUGCUAUGGGGCUACAAUCUUUUCUUCUUUACCCGGCUAAUAUUAAACUGAUCAACGGUGCGGAUCAACUCUUUUUUACUGACCCCGCGGAGGCCGAAAACUAUCUGGACUCUUUGGGUUCUGAUGCCUCUAGGAGCUCUAUGGGAGCGCAUGGACCAGCUUUGGGUGUGUAACUGCACCGAUUAUAUUAUUUAUUUUGGGUCUGCUCCGGAGCUGCUGGCUUCUAUUUCCUCUACAGAGAACCUUUGUGAUAAGGUCUGUUUAUUUUUAUUUUUCAAGCUACUUAUAUUUUGACUAAGCCACUCUUUUGGAUUUACAUUAAGGAUCAGUUUAAGAUUUAGGUGGCUGGGUUUUAAGCAGGGUGUGGGCUUUGAGCUUACAUCUAAGAUUUAUUUAUCUCUUUUUGACUAUGAAUGAUAAUUCAUUAUGUAUUAUGUUUUGUUUUGCUUUUUUGUUUGUUUUGUUUUGUGCUUGCUUGCUGUGGCGGUUACCUUUAUACUUCUGUUUUACUUUCAGUAGUCCAUUAUGGUUAAAGGUGUAGACAUAAUUCACGUAAACAGAAGUUUAUUUCCUAAGAUUGAUUUAUUAAAGGCUUGGCUAUAAUAAACCAAAAAUAAUUAGAGUUGGAGACUUGGUUAAAUGAAAACAUCUCAGACAAUGACAUAUUUCUUGACAAUUAUGUUUUAUUUUGUGCGGAUAGAGGGUCUAGGGGUGGCCGGGUUACCACCUGAGUCUCCUCUAGUCUGACGUCUCAGGUCAUUGUUCCUUUAGUCAAACCGGUGCGCUUUGAAGCCAUCUUCACCAAAAUUUCCUUUAAUGGAAAUAAACAUAUUAUUGCUGAUAAUGUUUAUCAUCCUCCCACCUCUCCAAAACAUGAAGCAAUAAGAAAUUUAAUAGAUACAUACAGUUCAAUCACUGGGUGAUGCAAGGGAAGUUAUUUUACUAGGUGAUCUUAAUCUUAAUAAGCUUGAUGAAUCAACUUUAUCAGAACGUAUUAUUUUAAACAGCUCAAAUCUGAUGCAGUUCCUCUCUGAGUCAACCAGGGUUGGUGCCACCAGCUCCUCCCGAAUUGAUUGGAUUUUAGUUACACACCUGGAUAGAUUUUGUGACUUUGGGGUUCUUACCAACUGUUUUAGUGAUCAUUCUAUUAUUUAUUGCUUUUGAAAAAUAACUUCCGCAUUCACCUUCGAAGAUUAUUCAAAUUCGUGAUUUGCAUGUUUUUAAUACUGAUCACUAUUUGCAGGAGUUAAGAUGGCUAAACUGGGUUUCUGGAGGUUCUUGAUAAACAAGACUUAUCGGCUGCAUUUGACACUGUCAAGCAUGGCUUCCUUUUGUUCACACUCUCUAGCAUGGGCAUCACAGAGAAAGCACACGCCUGGUUUGAAUCAUACCUCACAGGACGAUCAUUCAGUGUAUCUUGGCUUGGACAAUCUUCUACCGUGCACCAUCUUGCCACAGGAGUCCCCCAGGGCUCUGUACUAGGACCUCUUCUCUUCGCCAUAUACACCACCUCACUGGGUGAGAUCAUUCGAUCACAUGGCUUCUCCUACCACUGCAAUGCAGAUGACACCCAUAUCUAUCUGUCAUUUCCACCGGACGACCACACUGUCUCUGCACGAAUAUCAAACUGUCUCUCUGACAUAUCAAAAUGGAUGAAAUCCCACCAUCUCCAACUCAACCUCUCUAAAACUGAACUACUUGUGAUCCCAGCAAAACCAUCCAUACAGUACAAUAUCUCAAUCCAAAAUGACUUCCUAUAUCUGGCUCCUUCAAAGGCAGCUCGAAGUCUGGGUCUUGUGAUUGAUGAACACCUGACCUUUAAAGAUCAUGUUGCCUCUGUUGCUCAUUCAUGCCGCUUUGCGCUGUAUAACAUACGAAAGAUCAGACCAUACCGAACACAACAUGCCACCCAGCUCCUGGUGCAAUCUACUGUCAUCUCCCUCCUCGAUUACUGCAAUGCCCUUCUAACUGGUCUUCCAGGCUGUACUGUGAGACCUCUUCAAAUGGUCCAGAACGCAGUGGCGCGUCUGUUCUUCAAUCAGCCAAAAAGAGCACACGUCACCCCUCUGUUCAUUGAGCUCCACUGGCUACUGCUAGAAGCACGCAUCAAAUUCAAAUAGCUAACAUUAGCAUACAAAGUCCGAGAUGGUACGGCUCCCAUCUACCUGAAUCCUCUUGCAAAGGCUUACGUCUCAGCCCGGUCGCUCCGGUCAUCACAGGAUCGUCGGCUAGCAGUGCCUACACCACGCUCAAGACAAUCCAGACUUUUCUCAUGCAUCGUUCCACAAAUGUGGAAUGACCUUCCAAGCACUACAAGAACAGGAGCUUCCUUUUCAAUUUUCAAGAAACUCCUGAAGACCCUGCUCUUCAGGGAGCGUCUUCUUAACUAGCACCCUCCCUGCACCCGUCCCCUCUCUCUACUGUCCACUCCUUGUUCCCUACUCUCCAUGACUGAUGUCAAGUUGUUGUUGUUAUUGUUGUUGUUAGCCUCAAGGGCAAUAUGCCGAUUAUCACUUGUAAGUCGCUUUGGACAAAAGCGUCUGCUAAAUACAUAAACAUAAACAAACAUGCUCCUUGGGUCAGUGUAAAAGUUAAGGGCAGUCAUCUGCCUUGGGUCUCUUGAGAUUUAAUUGUUUUUUAAAGAGGCGUGAUAGUGCCUGGAAACUAGCUAAACACACUAAUCUUCCUGAUCAUUGGACUGAAUAUAUAUAUAUUUUUUAAUCUUUUAUUUUCAUUUAUUGACAUUAAAAUAAUAAUACAAUCAGAACUAAAUUGCUGCAAGCCAAAAUGAAAAAGGGGACAGAAAGAAGAAAAACUUAUGUUGUCUGCCCCUUUUAACUAAAAUAGCAUUAAUACAAAUGAAAUAAUCAUAUGAUUCUUAAGGAAAUUGAACAAUAUAGUUCCUGGACUUGUUGGCCGACAAAAUCUCAACCCAUGAAUUUGAGAAAAAAAUAGAAAAAGAAAACAAGUUACACAGAAAUAAGCAUUAAGUUACAGAUCUAUAUACAUACAUAUAUACACAUACAAGCACAUACUAGGUUAAUAUUUUGUUCCUUUAAUCCCCCCCACCCCCCUCCCCUCACACAUUUAUGUAACGGAUCUAUAUAAGUUAAUCGUUUUAUUUUUUAUCUCUUUUUUGAAAGUCAAUAUUGUUUUUGCAUUCUUGAGUUCAGUAUUCAAUUUAUUCCACAAUUUAACUCCAUAUAUGGAGACACAAUGUUCCUUUACGAGUAUCCGAUGUCUAGGUAUAUUAAAUAAUUCAUGUCCCUUUAAAUCAUAUUUGCUGUGUCUUUUUGAAAAUCGUUUAAUUAAUCCUGCAGGUACGUUCCUUUUGUUUGCAUUAUACAUAAAGUUUAAAAUAUUGUAGUCCACCAGAUCAUAGAAUUUUAGUGUUUUUAAUUUAAUAAAUAAUGGAUUGGACGGAUCUCUGUAGUUGCUCCUUGUGAUUUUUCUUAUUGCUUUUUUCUGUAAGAUGUAAAUGGAAUUUGUGUAAGUUUUAUAUGUUGUUCCCCAGAUUUCAAUGCAGUAGUUCAGGUAUGGUACGAUCAGUGAGUUAUAUAACAAAUAUAAUGAAUUAUUAUCAAGCAACCCUUUUGCUCUAUGUAACAGUGCAAUCGUUUUAGAUAUUUUAGUUUUGACACUGUUUAUAUGUAGUUUCCAUGACAGUUUUUCAUCAAUGAUGACUCCCAGAUACUUGACUUCUUGAACUCUUUUAAUAUUAAUCUCAUCUAUAUUUAAUAAAAUUUCAUCAUUUGAAUUUGUAUUACUAAAUAUCAUAAAACAGGAUUUAUCACUGUUUAAUGAUAGUUUGUUUCCAUCAAACCAUAGUUUAAUUUUUUUCAUCUCUGCUUGUAUCACUUCUAUCAUCUGCUCAACAUUAUCUCCUGAAUAGUAAAAAGUUGUAUCAUCUGCAAAUAAGGUGCAUUUUAAUAUAUUGGAUGCCUCAACAAUGUCAUUUAUAUAAAUGAUAAAUAGUUUAGGGCCCAAUACCGACCCUUGUGGUACACCACAAGUAAUGUUAUUUAUAUGUGAUUUUGUGUUGUUUAUUUGAACAUAUUGCUGCCUAUCGGUAAGAUAACUUGUAAUCCAUUUUAGGGCCAUCCCUUUGAUGCCAUAUAAUAAUAUAUAAUAAUAAUAUAAAAAACUAAGAAACUUUUGUACUACACAGACAAGAAAUGCUAAGGACAAUUUUUACAAAAACUGUUUACAGAAGGACUUUAACAAUCCUAAGCAUUUCUGGAAUAAAAUAAAUGAAUUACGUGGGAAGACUAAAGCUAAAACUAAUAAUAUGAAAAUUAAUGAUAGCGUUUCUAGUGAUUCGGAUGUAAUUGCUGAGGCCUUUAGAAAACAUUUUGCUUUAUCUCCUUUACCUAACUCUUCAGUUCCUCUGGGUUCUUACACUUUGCCUCAUCGCAGCUCUAGCCGUUUUUCCUUUUCUGAAAUUCACCCAAAUUAGGUUUUGAAAGUGUUAAAGACUCUUUCAUCAGGCAAUUCAGCUGGUUCCGAUGGUAUUGAAGGUCGAUUUUUUAGAAUUGCUGCUGAUGCUCUGGCCCUUCCUUUGCCAAUUAUUUUUUAUCAAUUGUUUUUAAUCUUUCUAUCAACUCGUGUUCUGUCUCGAUAGAUUGGAAAUGUACUAAGAUCAUUCCACUGCAUAAAGGGAAUGAUACAUCUGAACUUAAUAAUUACAGACCUAUUGCGAUAGUUAACACAGUGGUAAAAAUUUUUGAAAAAUUGGUAUUAUAAUCAACUAUCAAAUUAUUUGGAUACUAAUAAUCUAUUAUCUCAAUGCCAAUCAGGAUUUAGAAAAGAUUUCUCUACAACAACUGCCUUGCUUAAAUUUACCAAUGACAUUUAUUCAGGUUUUGAUAAUUUAAUUGGAGGAGCUAUCUUUCUUGAUUUAACAAAAGCCUUUGAUUUAGUUGACCAUUAUUUCCUUUUAGACAAAUUGUAUGCCAGUGGACUCUCAAGGUUAUCAUUAAUGUGGUUUAACUAUUUUGUUCAUAAUCAAUCGCAAUUUGUCUCUUUUCAUAAGUCUGAAUCAAAUGCGCAAGGUGUCUUUAGAGGUGUUCCGCAAGGCUCUUCAUUGGGGCUGUUAUUAUUUUAUAUUUUCAUUAAUGACUUACCAUUGUCUUGUACCUCUUGUUCUGUUCACAUGUACGCUGAUGAUACUGUUGUAACAUCACGAAAUGGCCUGAUUUUGAGAUCCCACAGGUCAAAUUCACGGCCAGGUCAACUUACCCCUGGCUAUGACACCACCUACAAUAUUUUCCUCACAGGAGACUGGAAGUCGGCACGUAGUCCCUUUAAUCAGAGCCUACCUUCCUCGCCAGCCGGACUGCAGCUCUGAGAGAUAAUGAAAAGAUAAGCAAUAACAUUCUCUCCUACCAAGGUCCCCUUUACAGAGGAACUCAUAACAUAAACUCCUUUAUUCCCAGAAGAAAGAAGAUUUUAUAAUUAAAAAGAAUCAUUAAUCAAACAUUUGUUUAUUGCUACUUAUAAUUGUAAAACAAUGAAAUGUUCAUUGAUAUGUGCUUCAUGAUGUAUGCUUAGCAUGUUUACUGGAUGAGGUCAUCACCAUUUGCACUCACACAAGGACAGAGUAAAGUUAAGUUAACGCAUGACACAUGGUUAACCUUUUGCCCAGUUCAGAACCUCCAGAUCAAAGAAGGUGUGUCUCUGAGCUGCUUGGUAAUAUCCUCAAACCUGUCAACUUUUGGUUGGCUAACCAAUUCAUAACGUUAAUCCAUUAAAAUUAGUUCACUCAGGUUUUUCCCUCAGUUCGAACAGUUGAACAGUUCGAGAGUUCUAGAGCGAGCUUCAGACCGGCCAUCUGUUGCAGAAACUCUUUAACCAUCAAGGAGUUUGACACGUUGUCAAAACCUUUUAAACCUUUUUCGCAUCUGCAAAGCUGAUACAACAAGAUAGUACCUUUAGUACAAAGCUGACGCAAAAACUCCUUCAGAGUUAUUUUCAAGACGCUCGGUUUCAUCCAUCUUUUGUGACCCUGGAGACAUCUCUGGUCUGAAAGGAUCGGUACCUCGGUACACUACAGCCCUCCAGUGCCAGCGGUCAUCCGACCUCUCCCCCUUUUGGAUCCACCAAGAGGGUCUCUUAAUCUGGGUAAAGUAGACACCACUGUAUGUGGUUUUGAUAAUAACAACUUAUAGCUUAACGCAAGCCAAAUUCUUUUAUGUCCAGAACUCAGCUCUCUGAGAUACGGAGAUUCUGAAUACAUUAUAUUCACACAUAGGUUCCAGACACUAUCCUUUAGUUCGCAUCCACUCACAGUAUAUAAUAGUUUAAACAAUUUGUCAAGUCUUAAUUGUUUGUAAAAUAAAUUCUUACUUUUAUAAACCUGACUGUUUCUUGAAUCAAGACGAAGUGUGUACAAUCCCUUAAUGAAUAAAAGAAUCCUUGAAUCUUCUGACUAAAACAAAUAAAGACCAGGCAAGGUAAUGUUCUAUAUUUAAAUAGAGUAUCACAGCUUAUUGGUCACAAGUGGUGUUAAUAAUAUAAAUAGCUCUUCAAGCAAUUUACGUAACCCAACAUACUAUAUAUUAACAUUACACUGUAUUAUACUGCUCUAAGCCGAGUAAAGUGGAAACACAGGAAACUCUUCAGUCCAAUUUUAACAGAGUGCAGCACUGGUUAGUCCAAAAUAAACUUAUUUUAAAUAAAUCUAAAACCUACUCCAUGCUUUUUAGUAGAAGUGUUAUUAAAUCUGGUGUUGAUGGGACUCUCAAUCUACAUUUUAUAGAUUCCUUUCUUGUAUUCACAUCUGCGAAAAUAAAAUAUUUAGGUGUUUGGUUGGAGCCGGAGCUGUCCUUCAAGAUAUCAUAUUCAAACGAUUUGUCACAAGGUUAAUCGGUGCUUAAGAAUCUAUCAAUUGUUUUGAACUGACAGCACACAAGCAUAUUGUAACUUAGCUUCUGCUUCCAAUUUUAGAUUAUGCAGAUAUACUACAUCAGAAGUCCUCGGUUGCUAGUCUUUACUCUUGAUGUUAUUUACAAUAGCCUAUGUCGUUUUGUUUUGAGGUGUCCUUUCAGAACUCACCACUGCUACAUGUAUGAACAACUCUCUUGGAUGACCUUGAAAGCAAGACGACAAUUUCAUUGGUUGUUAAUUUAUUUUUAAAUGUAUUCAUUUUGAUUUUCCAUCUUAUUUGAAAGUCUUGUUAGUACCAAUGAACGCUUUGUACUGUACCCAUUUUAGUGAGCAUCCCUCAUUUGUUAUUCCUCGGUUUGAAAUCGAUAUGCCUUCUGUGUUAAAGCUCCUCAGGAUUGGAAUACAUUACCUGCUAACUUAAGAUCUAUUUCAUCUUUUCGUUUAUUUCGUAAUUCCAUUUAUGAGCAUGUGAAGCCAACUUGUAAUUGUUUUUCCUAUUGUGUUUAAUAUCGUAGCCGCACUCAAUUUAUGGUGUUUUUCUAUUGUUAAAUUUUUAUUUGUUAAUGAUUGUGUAUGUGUAUUUUAUAUUUGUUGUUACAAGUAUGCCUACAGAUACAUGGGGUAAGCCACAGCAAGUGUUAUUAUUAUUAUUAUUAUAAUUUUUUUCUCUCUUAGUUUAUUAUGGUUGAACACCUUUGCCUUCUUAUUCUUUACUUGUUGUAUGGUAGGAGGACCUGCUCGAAAUUGAGAUGCCACAUCUCAAGCAGUUUAUCCUCCUGGGAAGAAAAAUAUAAGUUAAAUAAAUAAAUAAAUAAGCAAACAAUCAAGGGUCAUUCUUAAUAGAAGGAUGCUGCUGAUGAGUGGUUGGUAGUCAGAGCAUAGGUCAGAGUUCAGAAAUCAGAAGAGCUGUACAAAUCCUCCAUGGGAAGAGCAAAGCAUUUCUCAAAUACGAGAGCUGGAAAAGAACACUGGAUUUCUAAUGGCACAAGUUUGUCCAUAAUCUGGUAAAGGAGCUGCUGGGAAGCGUAGUGCAGCAUGAAGGUUUGACAAUUACACAAUUAGUUCUGUGAAAAUUUAAAAAUGAAGUUCCACAACUUUAAUUCAUACAUUAUCUUACAUAAAUGGCAAAGAUGUAUGUAUCCACUCUAAAAUGUAACUUGAAUUCUAACAUCACCAAUAUGCGUACUUAAAGCAGAAAUACUGCAAAAAGAGGCAGAAAUGUGAAACUGUGUUUUCUCCACAGGUUUCUGUGUCUGAAAGAAACCUCUCAGAGAAAAACCAAGAGGUUCUGUCCUACGUCACUGUCAUUGGCUGCAGUAUUUCUCUGUUUACUUUGGUCAUCACAGUGUUGAUCUUCAUCACUAAGGAAAAGCACUCUUUAUUUACUUUCCUCCAAGAAGUUAUUUCAAUCUUUCGUUCGGGUUUAUUUUCUGCAGUUGUCCGGAUUACCAGCGACAGCACUUUUACUUUGAAACUCAGUGAUUUGAUCAACCCUCAGCUAAUCAAGGAAUCACUUAAAUUGCAAUCAACAUAAAAAAUAAUUUAUGUCAUGACUCCCAUCCUUCACCCUCAUUUCACUUUCAUUCAGCUCACCUGGUCCCUUCACCAAGCUCCUGACAAGUCCUGUUUCCCUGGCAACCACAAUCAACUCCAUUCUUCUCACCUGUUCCUGUCAUCAGCGUCAUCCACUUCACCUGCUCCUGACUCCUCAGCUCAUCUCACACACCUGCUUCCCCUGCUAUAAAAGAACCAUCCACCUAUCCAGUCGCUGCCAGAUUAUUACAGCCUUGCCAGUGAACAGUGGCAGCUGGUGAAAAAUAUUUUUUGGUGGGGCUGUGCUUUUUUUUUUUUAAACAAACUUGUGCUUUCUGAGCUUUGUGCACAACUUCACUAUUUCCUGAAUUAAGCACAGCUGUUUUAUUUCCUGUCUUACAUUAUUGGACAAAGGGAUUAAUCCACGUAUGUCUGACUAUUGGCACACUGCCUUGCGGACCAAGGUUGAAAAAUACUGCAUUAAAUUGCACAUAAAAUAACACGACCAUAUAUGGUCCACAUCCACAUUACUGUUUGUGAAACUAACAUACUGGAGAAUUUCAUCACAAUAAUAUUAAAUAAACAAUUAUGUACCUGAUCUUUUGCAUGCUGUUGGUGAAGCUCUGGAUGACCCCUGUGAUGUAGACAGAGUCAAUGUUCCUCUUCUGCAGCUGGUUGAACAGCAUGUCCACAUGUGGCAUGAUCUUGUGACACAAUGCCAGCAGAAAGCCGAAAUCUUCUUCCUCCAGCAUUCUCACAAAGCCUCCUGCCUCUCUCAGUGAUUGGAUCAAAGUCAUCCGAGUCUCUGAUCAUCUGGAAAAAUCUGAGGAGGUCAUCCUUGUGCUCAUAUACUGUGUUAACAUCUCUCUUUUGGACAAAAUGUGCCGGUUCUGAUCCACUUCUUCAUUGUGUUUAUUCACUGCAAGCCUGCGUCCCUCGUCUCUGGCUGCAAUGUUUCAUGUCCGUAACUCCUGACUCAAUCCAUGCCUCAUCUGUCACAGUCGUUUUGAAUAACAAACACGGAAAGCAAAAUGACGCAUUAGCGUGGUUUCAUCCAGCUAGCCAAGCCUUCUUGGUGUACCAAUUUCGGGAGAAGCCUGUGUGUACAGUUUACCUCCCUCCUUCUCCUGCUGGCUUAUCUUUACGUCGGGCUGAUCUGGUCCAAGCUCUUUGACAUAAAGUUUUUCCACCAUAGUUCUCCUCGAACGGAUACUGGAGAAGAGACUGAACUGAAU